CUAGAAACAUUCAAGUGCAAAAAAACAGUCGUGCUAUAACUGUGGCGCGGAGCGGUCACGCGAGUGGUCGCUCCCGUCAUUAGACCCACUUUUUUGCCGUUCGGAAGUGUUUUUGCCGCCCUAUUGUGCUAAAGUCUUUUAGAAACAUGUUCUAAAUUCUUUCCCUACUAGAAACAUUCAAGUGCAACUUCGCAGAUCGAAGAUAUUCUGAUAGAAAUGGUGAAAUUCUUAGACUUUUCGUGCAUCAUCUUCGAUCUAGCCAACACCGCAGCGACAUGGGAGAGAUAAGUUGUGCUUGAUAACGUCUUUAUCGGUUUUUAUUACUCUCCAAGUUGAUUAGACUCAAACGUGACUCGAAUGCCGGCGACAAGUCUCGGUCGUAGCUAGAAGGUGCGGAGUGGGGAAGGCGUCGCUCUGUGGAUUGGAUUGGGAACCCAAUUCCACAACUCUCCUAUUAGAAAAAUAGCUGGAUUUGUUGGUUGGUUCAGCUUGACGUUACAGACUCACAAAGGACUCGAAGGCAGCGGCGGGGAGGAGUGGCUUGCACUAGAGGAGCGUACUAUUUCUUGGGCGGCGAGGGCAUGGACGGACGGUCCCAACAUCAGCACAAGGCCCAUAUCGGACGGCGGUUUUAGCCCCGCGUGCGCCGGUCGGCGAUCACUAAAGACAUUGGCUCCUGUCGCUUGCGCCCGGCUGGGGGGGUGUCCCGUCGUGCGUGGGUGCGGUGCCCCUCCCUUCGGCGGGGGGUCUCUCCUCCCUUUGCUUGGUGACAGUCAGUGCAGGCGGUUAGCGCCUGCCGCGCAAAAAGUAGUCAGGGUGACGGCCGGCUGUCGUCCGGGCUUUGGGGGUGGGGGAUCCCUGGCUGUAUGGAGUGGGGGCUCGUCUUCUCCCUGCGUGCGGGGGGGUGCCCUCCUGGCCGGGUGUGGGCUUCAGGAGUCAUUUUUCUCUUUUUGGACUUCGGUCCCUUUUAUAAACAAAACUGUCUACUCUGUUGUCAGUUAAAUCUACUUAUUUACAAUUAUGUACAAUGGUUAUAAUAUCCUUUUGUGAUAGUUACCAAUAAAUCAUAUUAUAAAAAAAAAAAAAAAAAAAAAAAAUUAGGUUGUGAAGCCUGGUUGGGCACUUGUAAGCUUAUCAAUAAAAUGUGAUCUUCUUAGACCAGUGUCUCGCUUUUCACCUUUUCCUUCAAAGGCAUCUCUUGCGAUAUUAUAAUGGCGACGAGUACGGGAUCCGAAGCACGAAGGACUUUCACGAAACCAUGAAACGCAGCGCCACUUGUAUCACGUUCCAGGUGAUCAAAUUUUAUUUCCGUCAUGGUGCUGUGCUGCUGAUAAGGUUAGGCCACUCACUUCUUGCACGUUGAAACGGAAUUUAGAAUUUCGAUCGAAUCUACACGUCUCUCGGUAAUCUCAUUUUUAUUACUAUUUUCUUCACUCAAAUGCCUGACGAUAGUAAUGCUUCCACAGGGUCAGAAUCACCCUCGAUCCAUGAUCAAAUUUCUCUGUUAACAAAUCUCGUUACACAGCUCACGAAACUCCAGUUAUCUCAACAGGCUGGAUCCUUAAAUCGGCCUCCCCGAUUCAGCUUUGAAUCCUAUAAUCUGAAUUCACCUGAAUUACUAGAUGACUACUUGGAUCGGUUUAAACUUCAGUUAGGUCAGUGUAAAGUACCUCAGGAAGAAUGGGCAGCAAAUCUGCGUAUUCACAUGGGGGCAGAGCUCAACUCCACUCUCAGAGAACUUGCUUACCCCUCUAAGGUUGAAUCACUGUCCUUUGAAGUGAUUUGUAACAUGCUCAUUGAUCAUUUUGUGAAGAAAAAGAAUAAAUACACGGAAGCUAUCAAUUUUCGCAAAGUCUUCCAGAGAGAUGGAGAAAAGGUUCACGAAUUUGCGGCUCGUCUCAAAGCGGCAGCAAGAUUUUGUAAAUUCGAUGAUUUUCUAAGUAGUUCUCUAAUUGUUCAGUUCAUCCAUGGAGGACUCGAUGAUGACAUCCGUGACGAGAUUAUUACUAAACAGCCAGAUCAGUUCGAAGAAGCUCUCAAGAUAGCUCAAGCCCUUGAAGCAUCACAGGAGGCUUCCUCUCAUCUAAAACCAAAUCAGCCAGCAACAGUUCACAAAUUCUACGAUAGCAAACCAAAAGUUAAGAAAAAGCAAUCAUCAAAUUUCCGUUCUAAAUCUCAACAACGCUCAAAUCAAGGUAACAAGCCGAACUUCUCUAGUGAUAAGCAGUCUUCGACUCAGCUGAAUCAAAAGAAGUUCAUCAAUGCCUCUUGUCGCUCUUGCAAUGUUGAGCAUGAAAGAAGGGAUUGUAAGUACAGACACUCUAGGUGUAAUUACUGUAAACAUGUUGGCCACUUGCUUGAAGUAUGUGGUAAAAAACCCACCAACAACGUUAAUUUUCAGGAGACGGAGUAUCCUGAUACAGGUAUUUCGUACUUUGGAGCGUCGAUACAUAAGGUUUCUUACUCAGAUAAAUCCAUCCUUAACGCUCCACCACCCCCAACUUUUUUGGAAGUUUACAUUAACGAUCAACUCGUCAAAAUGGAGUUAGACACCGGUGGUGCUUGUUCAGUCAUCAAUGUCCACACCUUUAAAAAACUGUUUCCGAACACACUUCUACAUCCUACAAAUAGGCCAUUUUUCAGUUUUACCAAAGAAUCUUUUAAGUGUCUGGGAUGCGCCAAAGUCAAAGUGCAAUUUAGAGGCAAAACCAAGUUUUUGAAUCUAUUUGUUGUAGAUUUUCCAUGCAACAGUAUUUUCGGUAGUGAAUGGAUCGUUCACUUUGCAGAAUUCUUGUCCUUUGAUAAACUUUACAUCGUAAAACAAGUUCAAAUAAAUAACCCCCACUUAACACCCAACAUUCAACAUCGAUUACAAACACUCUUUAGAGUGUAAACUUAGAGCAAUUUUAGGAAAUUUCAUCAUACUCAUUUUUAUCCCCCCCCCCUCACUCUUGAGGAUCCUCUCAAUUUUAUAUAUUAUUUAAUCACUCACUAAUUUCAUAAAAAUAAGUUUAAACUCAAUUCACCGGCAUUCAAAAUUUCAUUAUAUCCAAGUGUCCUUGUUUGACACCCGAACUUGCUAUUCUCAGAGGGGCGGGCAUCAAUUUACCACUCUUUUGUUUUCGCGACGCGAAGCGCGAAAAACACCGGCCAAUCACAUUGCGCGCCCGCGGUAACUAA